AGAUUAGUGUAUGUAAUGUGUGGGAAAACUUUACUUCUGAUAAGAAGUCAUAUUAAAUCCCGAAAUAUAGAAAAUGAAUUUUGUGACACAUUUAAACAAUGUUUUGGAAAUGGACGACAGGGAUGAUCUGAAUGUUACGACAUUCACGGCAUGGUGCAACAGCCAUUUGAGAAAAGCCGGCACAGGCAUCGACAACAUCGAAGAAGAUUUCCGAAAUGGCCUGAAACUUAUGUUGCUGUUGGAAGUAAUAUCCGGAGAGACACUACCGAAGCCCGACCGUGGCAAGAUGAGAUUCCACAAAAUCGCCAACGUCAACAAGGCCUUGGAUUUCAUCGCUAGCAAGGGAGUCAAAUUGGUAUCAAUCGGCGCAGAAGAAAUUGUUGACGGCAACUUGAAAAUGACACUUGGUAUGAUUUGGACUAUCAUUCUCCGUUUCGCCAUUCAGGAUAUCUCCGUCGAAGAAAUGACCGCCAAAGAGGGUCUACUGUUAUGGUGCCAACGAAAGACUGCCCCAUACAAAAACGUCAAUGUACAAAACUUCCACCUGUCAUUCAAAGACGGUUUGGCGUUCUGCGCUCUUAUCCAUCGUCACAGACCCGAUCUCAUCGAUUACAACAAACUGUCUAAAGAUAAUCCUCUAGAAAACCUUAACACUGCCUUCGAUGUUGCCGAGAAGUAUCUCGACAUUCCAAGGAUGUUAGAUCCGGAUGACUUACAGAACACAGCUAUGCCGGAUGAAAGGGCCGUAAUGACGUACGUGUCUUCUUAUUACCAUCGCUUCUCAGGUGCACAGAAGGCCGAAACCGCCGCGAACAGAAUCUGCAAAGUACUCAAAGUCAACCAAGAAAAUGAACGUCUCAUGGAAGAAUAUGAACGUUUGGCAAGCGAUCUUUUGGAAUGGAUUCGUCGUACCAUGCCAUGGUUGAAUUCCCGCCAGACCGACAAUUCACUAGCUGGCGUUCAGAAGAAGUUGGAAGAAUACCGUACGUAUCGUCGCAAACAUAAACCACCACGUGUGGAACAAAAAGCGAAACUGGAGACUAACUUUAACACCCUCCAAACUAAAUUAAGACUGUCAAACAGACCCGCCUACAUGCCAACAGAAGGAAAAAUGGUUUCGGACAUUGCUAACGCCUGGAAAGGCCUUGAACAUGCCGAAAAAUCCUUCGAAGAAUGGCUGUUGUCUGAGAUGAUGCGUCUAGAACGUUUGGAACAUUUAGCCCAGAAAUUCAAACACAAGGCAGAUGCGCACGAAGACUGGACCCGCGGAAAAGAAGAAAUGCUCCAGAGCCAAGACUUCAGACAAUGUCGUCUUAACGAAUUGAAGGCGUUGAAAAAGAAGCACGAAGCUUUCGAAUCUGACUUAGCUGCCCAUCAAGACCGCGUUGAACAGAUCGCCGCCAUUGCACAGGAAUUAAAUACUCUUGAAUACCAUGACAGCGUGAGCGUCAACGCAAGAUGCCAACGUAUCUGCGACCAAUGGGACAGGCUCGGAGCUCUAACCCAACGUCGUCGCCAAGCUUUAGAUGAAGCAGAAAGAAUCUUGGAAAAGAUCGACAUCCUCCAUCUCGAAUUUGCCAAGCGUGCAGCUCCUUUCAACAACUGGUUGGACGGUACCAGAGAGGACUUGGUUGACAUCUUCAUUGUACACACCGUCGAAGAAAUUCAAGGCUUGAUUGAUGCCCACCAUCACUUUAAGGCAACACUAGGAGAGGCCGACAAAGAAUACCAAAGCAUUGUAGGACUUGUUAGAGAAGUAGAAUCUAUUGUUAAGCAACAUCAAGUACCUGGUGGACUAGAAAAUCCCUACACGACAUUGACAGCUCACGAUUUGACCAGAAAAUGGGGAGAAGUUAGGCAGUUGGUGCCUCAGAGAGAUGCCACACUCCAAGCCGAACUUAGGAAACAACAGAAUAACGAAAUGCUUAGGCGUCAAUUCGCUGAGAAGGCUAACGCUGUUGGACCAUGGAUAGAACGUCAAUUGGACGCUGUAACAGCUAUCGGUAUGGGACUCCACGGUACACUAGAAGAUCAAUUGCAUAGACUUAAGGAAUACGAACAGGGCGUAUAUGCUUACAAACCACACAUUGAGGAAUUGGAGAAGAUCCAUCAAGCCGUACAAGAAAGCAUGAUCUUUGAAAAUAGAUAUACCCAAUACACAAUGGAAACUCUCCGUGUCGGAUGGGAGCAACUCCUAACCUCAAUCAACCGCAACAUCAAUGAAGUCGAAAACCAAAUUUUGACCCGUGAUUCUAAGGGUAUUACACAAGAACAGCUCAACGAAUUCAGAUCUUCCUUCAAUCACUUCGAUAAGAACAGAACUGGUCGCUUGACACCCGAAGAAUUCAAAUCGUGCCUAGUCUCUUUGGGCUAUUCCAUUGGAAAAGACAGACAAGGAGACAUCGAUUUCCAGAGAAUUUUAGCUGUCGUAGAUCCAAAUAGUACUGGAUAUGUACACUUCGAUGCUUUCUUAGAUUUCAUGACUAGGGAGAGCACAGAUACAGAUACCGCUGAACAAGUCAUUGAUAGUUUCCGUAUUUUAGCUGCAGACAAGCCAUACAUCUUGCCCGAUGAAUUAAGAAGAGAACUACCACCAGACCAAGCUGAGUACUGCAUCCAACGUAUGCCUCCAUACAAGGGACCCAACAGUGUUCCCGGAGCUCUUGACUACAUGUCCUUCUCAACGGCUCUUUAUGGAGAAUCAGACCUUUAAACGUUGUUUUAAAUAUAAAUAUAUCAAAAACACCCAUCGUACUCACGGUGAUAUUAUCAAAGCCAUAUUAGGGUUGUCAAAAGAUCCCUUAAAUUAACAAAAAAUGUUACAUAUAUUUAUUUUUCUUAAAAAAUAUUGAAAUAUCGAUUUGUAAUGCUAAAUUUCACACAUAUCAGUUGUAGUGAUAGAACCUACUGAAUGUUGUAAUAUUGUUGUGAGACAACUACACUACCAACGAAGUGUUGAUAGGUACCUACUAUAUCAGAUAUUGUGCCAAUACUUUUUGAUUUUUGCAAAAAUUGUUAUUGUCUAUGUUAAAUUAAGUCUUCGUAAGAUGAUAUUGCUAUGAUAUAGCCUGGUAUAUAAAGUAUAGUUGUUGCAUUGUGAUAUUACCUUGUUUAGUGGGAUGUCCCUUGUUGAAAACAGGCUUGCCAGCUAAACGACACUUGAUAAAAUCAAGUUGAAAAUCGAAUUCAUCGAAUUUUUUUUGUUUUGGCUUCUUUUUUUUUCUUUCAGAUUGAAAACACGUUCACCGUUUCAUCAUUUUUCCCUCCCGUUAUAGACCACCUUUAUUAUGUACUUUUUUUGCAAGUGCUCAGAUAUUUAUUUAUUUACUUUUAGGCUUGAAGUGUACAGAUUUUAUUAUUUUUAGGUAAAUGCUCUUUAUUAUCGUAGAUUUUAAGCUCAACCUUAUAACUUUUAGUUCAAACAUGGAAUGUAAUAAAGAGCUUUUACUAUUAUAUAUAUUAUUUUUUGGUUGGAGUUUAUGUAAUGUAAAAUAAAGUAUUUGCCCAAAGUAUACUAACUUAUAUAAGUAAUGAGAAAUAAAAUAUAUUUGAUUCGAAAUAAUUUAUUUUUAAUUUGUAUGGGGUCGAUGAUUUUGUUGGAAUACUAUUUUUGCCUUUUUAUCACUAGCCUACUAGCACUGAAAGGGAGCACUGAGGUUCAAGAAGCACAGCAAUUUUCAGAAUCGUGUCUCUGACAAAUACUUGAUUGGAUUUAAUGCUGUAUGAUAUAUAUUUUGUCUUAUAAAAUUCUGAAAAUUUAAAUAAAAUCAUGGCCUGUAUAAUUGAAUCAAAGACAGUUGAUGCUAUAAUGGAUAUAUGUCAAUAUUAUGAUCAACUUGUUACAAGAGAAAUGUUUGUCAUCGUAAAAGAAAAAUGUAGUUGGUUAUAACUAAAAAUCGAAAAUCGGAAAGUCCCUUGAAAAGCAUAUCAUAAACAUUCAAAGUUAUUGAAUAGACAUAUAAAGUAGUAUAAAAGAUAUACAGAUUAUUUUUCUGAGCAAAAUGGACUUUUUUUCAAUUCCAAACUAAUGCCAAUGCUGACAAUAUAUCUCAGUUAGAGCAGAUAUUUUUAUAUUUUGAUAGUUUACGAUAAAAAAUCAGAAAAUUAAAAAGUAUGUUUCUCUACCAUUAUUUUGCAAUCGUAAAGUUGUCUAUUUUCACAACACGCUAACUGUGUGUCUGAAGUUGAGGAAAAUGGGUAAAUGUAGCACACCAACAAAAUCAGCUAUCCUGUAUAUUUGAUUGUGUAUUUUUAGAGUUGAGCAGCUGAUGCUGUGAUGUGUAUGCAGUGCUAUAUACCUUAUAUUGAGAACUUUGUAUUUCUUAAUUUACGUCUAUAUCUUAAUAUAUGUAAUUUUAAAUUUUU